AUGUCCCCAGCUUCUGAGACGCCUCCCGCAAAUCCCCACGCUGUGGCCAGUUCCUCUGCUGCUGCUGACCGCGCUGUGCGAAUCCCGGCGUGCCGGGACCCCCUUCCAGGCGCGCAGGCAGGUUUCCAGCAGGACCCCUUGCCCUCGCCUGGCCUGGGAGCAGCGCGGGGCCGCUGCCAGCAGCGCAGCCCGGAGAGCCGCCGCUGCCCCGGCAGAGGAGCCAGCGGGGAGCCGAACCGCGUGGCGCAUGGAGCGGCCUUCCCUGCUCCUCACCCGCGCUCGGCCUUCGUGGCUCUGCGGGGGGUUUCUUCAAGCAGAGUUCACGGCCCUGAUACCACCCAAAAAGUGUCCAAAGAGAAAAACGUGAACAAGGACAAGCACGAAUUCAACUUUGAAAAAGCUCGUUUGGAAGUGCACAGGUUUGGGAUCACCGGCUAUGAGAAGCAGGAGCAACGCGUGUUGGAGCGGGAGCGGGCCAUCAUGCUGGGGGCCAAGCCCCCCAAAAGAGAACAUGUGAACUACAAGAUUUACCAGGAGAAAAUGAGAGAGAAAAGGACAAUGAAGGAUGACAGUAACGGAAAGGAACAUAAAGGAGGCCCUCUUAAGAAGAGGAAGAAAGAAAAGAAGGAGAGGAUGGCCAAAAAGAAGAAAUCGGUCCCCAGCAUUUGGCCUGCAGGACAAGUUGGAAAAUUCAGAGAUGGGACCUUGAUUCUGCAUAGCAGUGACAUAAAGAAAAUUAAAUCAUCUAAAGUUAUCAAAUGAACUUACAACACAGAAUGAAAUGGACAAUAAAAACAUGAUAUAUUGCCACCACAACACAUCUACAAAUAUUCUUGCCUUCCCACCACAUCCUAACUCUUUUAUUUGGCUUUUAGUUUCACAAUUUCCCAUCUUCUCUUCUGCUCUG